AGGUAAGGUGCUGUUGUCGUCGCCGGUCGAAAAAAAAAACUCGUCUUAUCUGCAACUGACUGCGCGGGAUAUUUGAAUAACCUGCGUACCUUUUAAUGGAAUGUAUAAAAUGUUUGUCGGAUGAAACAAGGAUCGGCUGCAUAUAUUUCGGCGGCGGGUGCAUCCAGUAAUCAUUCAUUCCGCGAGCCUAUAAAAUGUUUGUCGGGUGGCGCUGCGGGCUGUAUUUUAGCCCAGAAAACGGGGAUCAUUGCGUACUUUUUUCCGGCCGCAGGUGCAUCCAAUAAUAAUUCAUUCCGCGAGUUUAUUUAUUUAUUUUUUUAAAGUUUCUGUUAUGUCAGCAAUACCAUGAGCAAGUGUGACUCAGAUUCCAGCCCAACCAACGGAACACAUGGAGUCAGAGAUCCUGAGAAGCCUCCUGGACCUGGACAUCAUCUUUCUUCCAACAUAGAGAAUAAGAAAGGAAUCACCGUUUCACCAAUUUUCCAUGAGUGCAAUUUUGGACAUGAUGUUUCUAACACCAUAAACAUCACUGCUAACAUUGUUAAUGGUGUAAUAGAGCCAGCUUCUCCCUAUACAUGUCCCCAAGUAGGGAUGAACAGAGGAGGACAGAGAGCAACAAAACGCUCUUGUGCACCAUGCACCGAUAUGACAACUGCACCUCAGAAAAGGGAGAAAGAAAACACGGAUGACACCAUUGCUGGAUAUAUUCACCGAGUGUCGCGAAUCAUGACCUCUGCAAAACGCCAUAGAUACUUCACUGCAACUUUUCAAAGUCGUGAGGGCUUCCACCGCACUGUCAUUUUUGAUGUAGAUAGAUAUGCCCGCUUCCAGCACGCGUCUACAAACCAAACACCUGUGGAACUUGAGCACAUCACCAAAGAACACAGCUUCAACGAUCCUUCAAGUUUUAAGAUUAUAUGCAAUCGUGAAACUAUACUGACAGAUACCAGCAUUGACUUCCCUGUGAAAAGGGAGAAAGAAAACACGGAUGACACCAUUGCUGGAUAUAUUCACAGAGUGUCGCGAAUCAUGACCUCUGCAAAAUGCCAUAGAUACUUCACUGCAACUUUUCAAAGUAGAGAGGGCUUCCACCGCACUGUCAUUUUUGAUGUAGAUAGAUAUGCCCUCUUCCAGCACGCGUCUACAAACCAAACACCUGUGGAACUUGAGUGCAUCACCAAAGAACACAGCUUCAACGAUCCUUCAAGUUUUAAGAUUAUAUGCAAUCGUGAAACUAUACUGACAAAUACCAGCGUUGACUUCCCUGUGAAAACUGUUGAUGACUUCUCCAAAUUCACUAUUGACAAAAUCAAGACCAUGCCUUCAAAACAGCCAAUUCCCUCAAUUGAUGCCCAUGUUUCUGCUCUCCAACCAGCAACAUCUCAGGUGACCAAGUGGGGAGGAGACCAUGAAGCAAAAGAGUGCUGGAUCUCAGACAGCACAAGCAGCAUACAACUGACCUUAUGGAACAAAGCCAUCACCGCUGUAGAGCUACAGAAAUCCUACAGAUUUUCUAAUUUAACAACAAGACAGUUCUUGGGAGAAACAUUUUUAACAAUAACACCUAGCACUAAGAUCACCCCCAUCGAUACCUUAAAAAACAUCCAUCCCAUGCCCACUGAAGGAAUCUGCAAUGAAAAUGUCUUGGCUAUUGAAGCAGAAGUUACUGCUGUCUCUAUCACUCAAAGGCACAUAUGUGAUCUGUGCCACAAAAACCAGGCCACAUUUGACACCAAAUCUCUGAAAAACAAGUGCACAGAAUGUAAAAUGCAUCAGUAUACCUGCAAUUUCAAUACCUCUACGACUGGAGUAAUCAAUUGCAAAGCGGCCACAGGCACUCACAAGCUCAGUUUGUACACGACUGCAAUGAAUACCUACCUCCAAAACAACAACCUACAACACCUUGUAAAUGAUACAGGCGAGUUAGAAAACCAUUUCUUGGAUCGGCGCAACUUCACCUUCACAGUUGCACAGAACGUCAUCACACACAUGCAAGCUGCAUCACUUAGUGAAACUCCAAAACCAUACACACACACACCACCACUUCAUAUGUAGAUGAUUCUUCACAAAAUAAUCAUGUCCAGUGACAUGGAACAAGACAAAACAGAACAGGCUCUCACUGCCAUUUUUUUUGUCCCAUUAAGUUUCUUAAACAUUUUGAUAUUUGCAUUUUUAACCCCAUGCUGGGGUGUUUGUUCCCUGCUGAGGGCAGUGUUUUCUGGGGUGGCUGUGGUGUACUAAGUAGUGCCGAGUUGCACUGGGGCAAUUCUGGCCGCACGUGGUUGUCCUGUGCCUUGUUGGGUGGUUUUUGGUAUCUACUUUUUUUCCCCUCCAAUGCUGUGUACUCACAAGCCAUGUGUGUAAACUGCAGGAUUUUUGUAGCUCAACGGCAGUGAUGGUGUCUUGCCACUGAAGGAGAAAUUGCCGUCCUCCUUGAGGGAAACAUUACAAUGGAAUGUGACUGUAAAGAGGUUUAAACUAUAUGACAGAAUAUUGAGGUCAUUGGUAAACUGUGAUUCUGUAGCAAAAGAUUAUAUUAUCAAUCAACUACUUCUCUUAAAAACUCACCUUGAGUCGUAAGAUUUACAACGUACUGUUUGCUGUAAGGGUAGGCGAUUUGGAUUAAUAUUCAUAUCACAAUAUGAAUUAAUAAAAAUAUCACUAUAUAAUUUAAUUUUUUCAGUAAUAACUAUAUAUAUUUUUUCAAUUAUUCAGUAAUACCUAUAAAACCAGAAAGGUUAAGACAUGACGCAACUAAACUCAGCAUGUUUAUUGUGCAGUUUUUUUGCACCAAAGCUAACAAGGAUUCUUUCUUUUAAAAAAAGAAUUUUCUUUGGGGUUUUUUCCCCCUUCUCUUUAGGUUCCUUUAGCCCAGUUUUACAUUUUUUUUUUUAAUUUCUUUUUUUUUUACUUGCCAGGAAAGACCUUUAAAUGGCUUUUGGAGUGUCCGUUACUUUUGUUAACGGUCAAUACUGGUACAAUGCUGAUGAUACUGUAAAACUGAAUAUACAUAAUUAUGUUCAUUUUAAUGCAUUCUAAUUUAGUUUAUUUUUCUAUACUUAAUAUUCCCCCUUUUUAAACUUCCCUUAUUCUUAAGCUUUUUGGUGUGGUUGUUGUGUAUUCUUUAAUUGGAUCUAUAUAAGCCAACCCAAGACAUAUCUGCAAGCUUACUUGGCCAAUGAAUAACAUUCUUAAUUAUUCAGAGUAUCAAAAUCGUCUGAUUCUGAUUCUAUGAAACCUUUCUGAUGUUUAAAGUGAUUGGGCAUUAAAUACAUUUUGAUGUAAAUAAAUAUUUUUACUACAGA